CCUGAACUUCCACGUCCAAUUAUCCUAGGCUCAAACAUGCUUCAGGAAUACGUCUCCAGGCAGACGCAGGAAAUGUAACUUACCUACAUGCUCACAUAUUUGAUUGGUUUACGUUGCAGAGAGACAGAUGGAAACCGUGUGCGGGACGGUAAGUGCUUUCUAUUGUCCCGAGGACAAUAGAACCUUCUGCUCCGCAGACUUCCACGCCUCCCAAAAACACAUUGUACAUCGCAAAGGGUUGCCGCGGGUGAUUUGGUUCCGCGAGGCAACGUCAACGGUCAAAAAUACCAUGUUUGUAUCUAUGUGCGUAGCCACUUGCGACAAUAAAGUUUUGUCCUUUGUCAGACGAAAUCCCUUUGACAUCCGCCUCCCCGGCUAUAUAUAUGUGGGAUCCUAACCUCUCAGUUGUCCUCUCAUCAGCUUCCCGUCUUACGACCUCACUCACACUCUCUAGGCUCUUGAAGAGUCCUUGCAUAUCAUUCUCUUUCACCGUCUUUGCAUCCACUCCUCUUUAGUCUUUCACUUUCACGCUCUAUUGAAGACCUCUCAACGACCUCCAAGAUGAAGUCCUUCGCCACACUCCUUAUCUUUGUAACUGCUGCUCUUCCGUUCGUUUCUGCGCAUGGAUUCGUGAGCCAGGUCGCUAUUGAUGGCACACUGUACAAGGGGAAUCAUCCCAACAAGGGCGAGCAAUGUAAGUGGCCUCUUUCACUAUUCCCAAUAGUUCAUGUGCUGAAUGUUGUAUUUUCUUCAGUCCCGAGUCCCGUUCGUCUCAUCAAUGACCCUGCCCCAGUCAAGCAUGCGGACAAUCCGAACCUCUCUUGCGGUCAGAACGCCAAGAACGCAAAGGUUGUCGCCGACGCCAAUCCCGGAAGCUUGCUCACGUUUUCGUGGCAAAGUGGUGAUGACAGCGUGCCUUUGUGGCCCCACAACACUGGCCCCAUGAUUACCUAUAUGGCCGAAUGUACUGGUACUACAUGCGACAAGUUUGAUUCUACCCAGGCCAAGUGGUUCAAGAUCCACGAGGUUGGCAAGAAGACUGAUGGCAAGACAUGGGUUCAGGCCGACAUUCAGUCCGGAAAGUCACUCACUGUCCCUCUACCUGACGAUAUCAAGGCUGGUGACUAUCUCGUUCGUCAUGAGAUUGUCGCUCUUCAUUUGGCCACCGACAUAGGAGGGGCAGAAUUCUAUCCCUCAUGUACCCAAGUCCGGGUCGGUGGGAAUGGCACUGGUGUUCCCGACAAGACCGUUUCUUUCCCCGGUGCCUACAAGGACGACUCAGCAGGUAUCUUUGACCCAACGGUUUUCAACCCUGGUGCAGUUUACACCUUCCCUGGCCCUCCUGUCGCUAAGCUCGUCGCCACUGGCGCCGCUGUCAACUCGACCAACAACGCUGCUCAAGGUAGCUCCUCUCCUUCCACAGCUGCGUCUUCUCAGAGCUGCAAGACGAUUGUGGACGAGAACGGCAACAAGCGUAGCUACAGCCGUGUCAUGCGAAGCCUCAUGCACUAAGCAUGGACGCAUAGACAAGUCUUCGUCGUUGGAGCUCGUGUCACUGGUUGGCAGACCCCGCGCGGAGCAUGCUCAAUGACCCCUGCAUAUGACAGAUCACGGUUCCCCUUUCACGACUUCUUUUGAUGUCCUUUUGCAUUGCAUUUCUGUAGCCCUAAGCAAGUGAUUUAUUGGUAUCUGUGCUGUCUUUUGUAGUGUACCUGUGUUCGCACUAUUUCCUAGGUUAUUCCCAGUAAUAUACGGGCUCUUCUCUCCUUUAUAUCUCGUUGUCCGAAAGACUUAAGUUUGGGGGCGCCAG